AAAAAAAAAAUCUUAGCAAGGCUGAAAAUGCAGCGGAGGAAGCUGGGGAUACGUCAGGUUUUUCAAGACUUUAGGCAGAGAACUAGGUUCCCCCCUGUUUAAAUGAUGGUUCUGAAUACAUCAGCAGGAUAAAAAGAAAAAAAAAAAGAAGGAAUGAAUAAUUAAAGCAUUUCCAACAAAGCCAUUUUUUCCCUGAAGGCUGUAAAGCUUUUGUGCCUUAACUACAAAACGGAGCCCCCGCCUGGGGAACCGACAGGAAAGCCGCCACGAAGGCACUUCAGCCAGGUCGCUCUCCGCCCUGUUCCUCUGCUCCUACCAACACCUUCCCCCUUUGCCGGCUUCCGAGCGGAACCUUUUUCGCCUGCCGGUGCAGUCGAACCGCGGGACCAAUUUCGUCAACACAAUCCGGAAUAGUCAACAUGGCGGCCGCCAUAAGAUGCCUCAGUAGAGUCUUGAGACAACAUCAAAGGCAUUGUCUUUCCAAGACAGCUUACCAGGCCCCUCCUUACCCUUGCUCUGAGAAUGUUCUCUGGACUCACAGACAUUUUGCUGCUGCUGCUACAAAGCCAGCGAGGAAAAUUAAGAAAGAAGGAAAAGACAAGGAAAAGAUGUCAGAUGAAAAAGCAGAUGAUAUAGAAAAGAUAAAGUCAUACACCUACAUGGAAAGUGAACCUGAAGAUGAUGUCUAUUUAAAACGCUUGUACCCGAGGCGGAUCUAUGAGGUGGAGAAAGCUGUUGACUUACUUAAGAAAUUUCAGGUUCUGGACUUUACCAAUCCAAAGCAAGGCGUUUAUCUUGAUUUAACAUUAGAUAUGGCAUUGGGGAAAAAGAAAAAGGUGGAGCCUUUUGCCAGUGUUAUCAGCUUACCCUACCCUUUUGCUUCAGAAGUCAACAGAGUUGCUGUAUUUACAGGGAAUGCAUCAGAGAUUAAAAUAGCAGAGGAGAAUGGAGCUGUGUUUGCAGGAGGAGUGGAUCUGGUUAAGAAGAUCUUGGAUGAUGAGGUUGUUGUGGACUUUUAUGUAGCUGUUCCAGAAAUAAUGACUGAACUUAAUCCAUUGAGGAAGAAACUGAAAAAAAAAUUUCCAAAGGCUACUAGAAAUUCCAUUGGUCGUGACAUCCCCAAAAUGCUUGAAUUAUUUAAAACUGGACAUGAAAUUAUGGUAGAUGAAGAAAGGCCGAAUUUUCUCAGCACCAAAAUAGCAACAUUGGAUAUGCCAAGUGACCAGUUAACUGCCAAUCUUCAGGCAGUUAUAAAUGAAGUCUGCAGGCACAGACCACUAAAUCUGGGUCCGUUUGUGGUGCGGGCCUUCCUUCGUAGUUCAACCAGUGAGGGUUUGCUGCUCAAGACCGACCCGCUGCUGCCCAAAGAAGCUGAAUCCAAAGAAGCCGCCUGAGGGUUGUGUUGUGAAGUUAUUGGGGGACAGGAUUAAAAACAACAGAGAAAUCUAUAAAACUGUGUCAUUU